AGCUCCCAAUUGCGGCCUGGAGCGUCCCAUGGAUUGGGGCGGUACUGGUGGAGGGGCGGUGACGUCACCUCGCCUGACCCGCCCCGCCCCUUUCCGGCGCUCGUCCCGCGGCGGCUCCGCCAUUUCCGCGAGCGCCGCCGGCCGGGGCCGGUUCUGGGCCGGGACCGGCGCCUGUCCCGGGGCUCCUUCGCCACCGGAGCGUCCCCGCCGGCUCCCCAAUGAGCAUGCAGGACCAAAAGGUGCUGAAGGCGCUGGUGGCCGUGGUGGCCACCCUGGGCAAGGUGGCGGCCGCCGUGACCGGGUCACACAGGGACGUGCGGCGGCGCGUGUCCCCAAAGUUCCUGCCCGCGGCCCUGAGGAGACUCCCCGGGCACGGGGCAGCCACCUCUGUCCCAGCCACAGGAACCGGGCCGAGCCAGCGCUGCUCCGGCAGCGGCUCCUGCCGAGGCAGCGGCCGCAAGGAGACCGCGGGCAGCCGCUCCCGCAGCGCCCUCACGCCAGCGGCAACACGGGCCGGACACGGCACAACGAACCCGCCUGA